AUGGGUGUUGGCCUCAAACCAUUAGAGUUUACGGAUUGCUUAACUGAUAGUCCUUACUUUCGAGAGAAUCUUCAUUAUCAUGAGCGUGAAUUGGAGAAGACCAGCCAACAAAUUAAACGGCUCAUCAAAGAGGUCAAAGAUCUUUUAUUAGCUGCCAAAAAUUUGUCCAGAGCGCAGAGAGCAUUUUCCAAAACAUUGCAGAAUUUUAGUUUUGAAUGUAUUGGAGAAACUCAAACUGAGGACGAAACUCACAUAUCACAAAGCCUUAAGGAAUUUGGUAAACUUAUUGCAUCAAUAGAAGAUGAAAGGGAUCGCAUGCUUGAACGUGCUUAUGAUCAAAUUAUACUCCCUUUGGAGAACUUUAGAAAAGAACACAUUGGAGGCGUCAAGGACGGAAAGAAGAAAUUUGAGAAACAAACUAUUAAAUUUUGUCAAAGCCAAGAACGCUACUUGAAUUUGUCUACCAAAAAACAAGACAAUGUUCUUCAAGAGGCUGAUGCAACACUGGAAAUGGCUGAAAGACAUUUUUGUCAAGCUAGUUUAGAGUAUGUGUUCUUGCUUCAAGAAGUACAAGAACGUAAAAAAUUUGAAUUUGUGGAAACUUUACUAGGUUUUAUGUUUGGUUGGUUAACAUUUUAUCAUCAAGGACAUGAAGUUGCAGAGGAUUUUAAACCUUAUAUGACUGAACUGCAGCUAAAAAUACAAAAGACUAGAGAAAAUUUCCUUGCUACCCGGGAUAAAACAGAAUCACUUAUGAAUAAAAUGAAGGAUAUGAAAAAGUCUGCUGUAGAAAGUGGGGUCAAUAAACUAUACACACGUGAAGGUUAUUUGUUUCUAAUGGAAAAGAAGGCAUUUGGCACAACAUGGACAAAACAGUAUUGCACAUAUCAAAAGGACAAAAAGGAAUUUACGAUGAUACCUUAUAAUCAACUUACAGGAAAGUUUAGUAGCAAAGAAGUUUUUACAUUGGCAUCUUGUGUACGUCGUAUGUCAGAUACAAUUGAAAAACGAUUUUGCUUUGAUAUCACCACUAUUGAUAAACCUAAUGUAGUAUAUACAUUCCAAGCACUUUCUGAAGAAGAUAGAAAGUUAUGGCUUGAUGCCAUGGAUGGUAAAGAACCAUAUCUAUAUUUAUCAUUCCAGAAUUAUCCUAUAGUAGGUGCAUCAACCAAAUCUGAAGAAACCACCUUAGAUGAAACUGGUUUCAUGUUCGUAUCAAAAUGCAUUACAACGCUCGAAGAAAGAGGUCUUGAAGAGCAAGGUCUCUACAGAGUUGUUGGUGUUGCUUCCAAAGUAAAUAAACUUUUAGCUAUGGGACUAGAUAGAAGGAAACUAGAGAAACUUAAUCUGGAUGAUCGUUUUGAAUGGGAAAGUAAAACUAUUACUAGUGCACUCAAAACAUAUUUGAGGACGCUAUCUGAACCGUUAAUGACUUUCCGAUAUUAUAAUAGUUUCAUUUCAGCUGCGAAACAAGAAAUCAAAGAAGCACGUAUCAAUGAUAUUCAUAAUCUUGUUUAUCGACUCCCAAAAGCGAAUUUCAAUAUGUUAGUGCUUCUUAUUAAACAUUUGUACAGUGUGGCGAAAAAAAGUGAUAAAAAUUUAAUGACUGUCGGUAAUUUAGCGGUAUGUUUCGGGCCAUCCUUACUGCGACCAGAAGAAGAAACAGUAGCUUCUAUAAUGGAUAUUAAAUUUUACAACAUAGUAGUCGAAAUUUUAAUUGAAAAUUGUGAGAGAAUAAUUGCUGGUCCACCACAAGAUACUGUACGCUCAGCACAAAAUACCAUUCCCUCUCGAUCACAACGUGUUAAUGUAGAAGAUGGGUCAACAUCUUCUGGUAAUGGAACUCCUUUCCUAAGGUAUCCAGUACAUGCUAAUAUAUCUUCACCACAUGGACAUCUUGGUACUAGAUCAUACUAUGAUAGCCCACUAGCAGUUGUUACUAAAUCAUCUUCUAUAGAUGAACGAAAAAAUGGCGACUACGAAGAAACAGAACAUACAAGUCACAGAAUACCGACAUAUUUAGAUAGUCGAAGUGGACGUGUUAAAUUAACGAAUGCAAAUCUUAUAUAUCAUUCUGCAGAUAAAGUAUUAACCAGUGGCAAUACGAGUAGCUCGAGUGAAUCAAUCGCUUCUGAUCCACACUCAUUUUCAUCUGACUUGCCAGUAAAACAAAAACGUGGUUCUAUGAUGUCUGUACAUUACCCGUCGGGUUACACUCAACGAAACAAUCCAUCGGUAUCUGUAGUUAAUACAUCACCUAGCAGUGGACGUUCAAGCCCUGGACAAGUACCUGGAGAGUCCGCACUUUGUAUGCUUGUGUGGCCGAAAGCGAUGGAGAAUUGUCAUUUGAACCAAAUCAAAUUAUUACAAAUGUAAAGGCCUCUUUGGAACCAGGAUGGUUGGAAGGUACAUUAAAUGGUAAGACGGGAUUGGUCCCAAAGAAUUAUGUUGAACAAUUGCCUUGAAUUUGGAAAAGCCAAAGAGUGCCUACAUUGUUUUUACAUUGCAUAAUUCGUAGGGUAUGUUUAGUACUAUUGCCUACUGAAACAUAUGUUCACGAAAACGGGAAUGAUAUGCAAUGACAUUUGUGAAAUAUAAUGUUUUCUAUUUAAAUUCCUUUGGGUACAAUUUACAUAGUCAAUUACACACACGUGCGCACGUGUGCUCACAUAUACACAUACAUACAAACAUCUUUAUUUAUUAGGAGCCUUUUUGCUCAAAAACGACUAUAGUGUAUAUAAUCACUUGUAGAAAAAUUUAUAUAUAUCUACAUAUAUAGUGCUAAUAUAUUAUAUGAUAUUUAAAUAUAUUUGUACUAAAAGAUAUUGAUCCAGUAUAUAGCUUUUAGGAGAUCUCAUAGGCAAUAAUAUUUGUUUAUAGUGCGAUAAUCUCCACGCGUAAUGUGCACGCAUGUGUACACACAUAUAAUAUCAAAAUGUGAUAAAAUAAAUAAAUACCAAAUACAAUCAGAAUUUUUAA